CAUUAUUCCAAAUAUUUUUAGAGAUGACAUAAAUAGUGUGUCUAAUAAGAAAGUUAAAUGGGCUUGGGAAUACAGUACAGUGAUAUUAAAAAUGUUAAAUAACGAGUAUAGAAUGAAUUUAUUAUUAUUUAAUAAACACAGUGGUAUACAGGACUUAAAUUUAAAUAGAAAAGUAAAUAGCAAAAUAAGUAUUUGGUGUAUUUAUUUACAUAUCAUAGUAAAUUUUAUAAUUGUAUCUAGUCAAAAUAUUAAUGUGUGUAGUUUUAAAGAAAAAAUAGUAGCAUAG